AUGAUCAUCACCGCCAAGAUCAGUAAGAAGAUCCAGGAAGUCAAGACAUCACUGAAACAUUCGUUCAAGAUGGAGAAUCUGGGCGAGGUCAAGUUUAUUAUCGGUAUGGAGUUCGAACAUGAUCGCAACGGCAUUACGCUAAUGAUUCGUCAGACUCGCUCUACGAUGACGUGUCAGCAACAUUGGAAGGCUGCCAUUCGUGUUCUUCGAUAUCUCAAAACAACAAGAGACUAUGGCAUUAUCUACGAUGGCAGCGCAAAAGAGGUUCAAGCAACAGCAUACACGGUCGAGGACUGGGGAAGCAACAUCGACGAUCGACGCUCGGUGUCAGGUAUAAUGGUGAUGAUUGGUGGUGCACCAGUCGUGUUCAAGUCCAAGUACCAGCUCACGGUGGCAUUGAGCUCGGCAGAGGUGGAGCACAGGGCUUUGUGCUUUGUACCCAGGAAGUACUAUGGGUCCGCGCGAUGCUCAAGGAUCUCGGUCAUGAGCAAGUAUGAGCGACUUUGGUCUAUGAAGAUAAUUAAAAUGCGAUUGGACUUGCAAUCAACUUAG